AUGAAUUAUUUAGACUUGGACAGUCUGGAAGCCGAGAGGCAACGCAUCCUGGCGGAAAUAAACAACCUAAAGGCUCAGUCUAGCUCCGUCCAGGACGCCUCACCGAUAGACCUAAAAAUGUCAUCUCCACAAUCGGAUUCGCGCCCGAUCAGUGUAUCUUCGGGUGAAACCAUCAUCUUUUCCGACUCCUCUUCUCCUGACUUGGCACCCUCAGAGGAAGCCCAAGAACCCGAUCAGACCACUGUUUCAACAAAUGCGCCGAUGACCUCCACCGCAGUCCCAAUCAAAACCAUACCAAUUGAUCUGAAAGACCAGCAGCCACAGGCAGAAGAGCAACCUGCGACUGACGAAAAAGAACAAUUGAUGGCCGAAGAGGAGAAGAUAGAGGAGGCAUUAGAAGAAGAAGCGGCAGCGGAGGAAGAAGAGGGCACAACGAUA